GUCAAAAUGAAUUCAUAGAAUCCUUAAACAGUCCAUAUAUUAUUACAUGAUUAUUAUUAUUACUUCAUCAACGGACUCCAUAUUUAAAUAAUCAAAAACAAAAACAGACAAAAAGAUGGUUCGAGGAAGUGCACGUGUUAAAUCUGGUGGAGGAAAUAUGGCACAAGAUACUUUGAGAAUACAUAAACCGCUAGGAUUGAAUAUGAGUUUAUUCCAGUUUUUAAGAACUGGUUAUUUUGAAAAAGAUUUAUUGACUUAUUGUGCUAAUCGUUUGGCUGAAUAUUCAUGUACAUAUUGGCUUGAUCCUACUGUGAAUGGAAAUAGUGAAACAGGAGAUUUCACUACGGCUUUAACAUCACCAUCAGCGUCAACAACUAGUAAGUUUUGA